CUCCCAUACGCGAGAAUUUUUUUAUUUCGACGAGCUGUUUGCUAAACAAGUGAAGAUGCGUGCAGAAAGUUUGUAGGUGUCAUGGCUGCCACAGGUUGGAGAGGAGAAUGAACUGGAGCUGAUCGUGGGUGUGUUGGGGCCCCGACACAACCAUGCCCGCUGCACAGAACGCUGAGCGGGCUGCUCGCAAGCACCCGAGGCCCCAGACAACUGUGCGAGAACCAAGCGAAAUUAGCUGCUGUCUUAAAUAUGUCAUUUUCGGGACCAACGUCUUGUUCUGGAUUUUUGGCCUCUGUAUUUUGACUAUUGGCAUUUGGGCCUGGAGUGAAAAGGACACAUUCAACAACCUCGGCCGACUCACUAACAUCGCAUUGGAUCCAGCGUUUGUGCUCAUUCUUGUCGGUACACUCACAUUUAUUAUAGGCUUCACUGGAUGUGUUGGAGCUCUACGGGAAAAUACGUGUCUUUUAUUAGGGUAUGCCAUCAUUCUUGCUUUGCUACUUCUAGCAGAGAUGACUGUAGGCAUUUUGGGAUUUGUUUUUAAAGAUUGGAUCAAAGCACAAGCAACUGGAGGUUUCCAAGCCUUUAUUGUGCACUAUAGAGAGGAUCCAGAUCAGCAAAACCUUAUUGAUUGGAUCCAAGAAGACUGGCUCCAGUGCUGUGGGAUUGAAGGUCCCAAAGACUGGGAUCGGAACAAUUACUUUAACUGUUCUUCCCGUGAAGUGGGUAGCAGAGAAGCGUGUGGGGUCCCAUUCUCAUGCUGUCGAAGAAGACCCAAUGAAAUCAUUAAGAAUAAACAAUGCGGCUAUGAUGUGCGGAAACCUGGCUAUUUGUCUCAGGGGUCACAGCAUAUUCAAUCACCAUCAGAUUGGCAAAUAUUUGAGCGUGGAUGUUUACGAGCUGGGGAAGAAUGGAUGGAAGCCAAUUUAAUUCGUGUCGCGAUUACAGGCAUGACUGUUGGAAUCUGUCAGAAUUAUGACGUUGCGAAAAUUAUCUACGAGAAAGGUUGCAUUCAAGCGGGUGAAGAAUGGGUUGAGCGGAACCUCCUGCUCCUGGCUUGUGCAGCUGUCAUCAUAGCCUUUGUGCAGGUUUUGGGCAUUUGUUUUGCUCAACAUCUUCGAAGUGAUAUAUGGGCUCAAAAAGCAAAAUGGCAUUGACAAUUGCAGGCCUCUACUGCGGUGUAGCAGAUGGGGCCAGUAAUUUGAUGCAUGUGUGAUAAGACUCAGGUCAGUGCAAUUGAUAUUACGGAUGAUACUACAGAUGCUGCUCCAAUGAAGAAAUCAGAACUUCUCUCUUAAUUUCUAAUUAACGUUUCGAACUGGUGCUAAAACUAUAUUUAGCUUGUAUGUACUUAACUCAAAGCUGACAUAGGCUGCAUGUCUUCUUUGACCCUCAGCCGACGAAUCGGUUUUGGUUUGUGAUAAUGAACUUUAUUCAUAACUUCUUAAUUGUCUUCCUUGACUUUAUUAACAUGGAGACUUUUCCAUUAAAACUAUAAAUCUAUAGUGUAAGUGGGAUAAUGUGUGAGAUAUAUUUAAAUCUGUGUGUGCCACUUCGCCACAUCUUAUGAAGAUUCCAAUGCUUCUCAUGUCAUGUAGUUGAUGUUGAGUGUACAUGUACAUAUUGUAGUGUAGCUUCAUUUAUUUAUUAUUUAAAGUGACAAUAGUUUGCUUUGUAAAUUGAAACAUCAUGAUUCAGGACUUAAUUGAUCUAAGUGGAAAACUCUUUGUGGUUAUGGCUUUGUGGCUUAAAAUCUCAAUAGAUGUAAUCAGAGUUAUACCUUUAUCUAUGAAUUUAUCUAUCUCUAACACCUCUGUGUAAUGAGUGCUUGAUACUUAUGUUGUACUAAAUCGCUGUGAUAAAUUAGGAUGCAUAUGAGAGUAGGAUUUUGUGAAUUGGUUGGGGAACGUAAAAUUUAUUGAGCGGGGAUCCAGAGCCAGAGAUUAAUUUAUGAUGACUUAACAUUGAUGGCAAAGUGAAAGUUUUUUCUUUUUUGUUCUGUUUACACAAAAGCCAAUUGUUGUUUAAGUGGAGUUUGCAAAAAACUUUUCAACAUUUCAUGUUUAUCUCUCUAUUGUUCUAUGUAAGUUUGUUUUUAUAUUACAAAAAAUAUGAUAGAAGGUAAAGAUUUUCUGCAGCUCUAGUAUAUCAGAAUCUCAUUCCCUGUUUGUAUUUUUUUUCCUGUACAACUGUGAUGAAAUUUUUAUCCAUGCCUAAUGUUAUAACACUUACAGUAUUUUUAUUGUUAAAAAACAUCCUUCAAGGAAUAAAUUAUAUUAUGUGCUGAUUUUUA